AUGACAGACUUUCUCCAGGCUCUUGACCCAGCGAAGCUGUUACUCGCAGAGACAGCGCUGGCUUUCAUAAUUAGUCCUUUUACUGUCCCAGCAUACAAUUUGCCCAUCUUCCUCUUUGGUUCGUAUGUGCAGGAGAGUAGCGACGCGGCACAGUCACUGAGCUUGUUUACGGGCUUGUUAUCGUUUUCGAUAUUCUAUGACGUACUGUGGAUGAUCAAGAAUGAACAAGGUGGAUUCCUUAGGUUCCUUACUGUCAUCCUUUUACUUUUGAAGAUACCAACCACUGGUGCCUUUUUGCUUGUCGUGAGUCAACGCGGGGGACAGUUCCCUGGCCUCGGAACUGAUAUCCAUGGUCCUACGGUUUGGUCUAUGCCUGGAGGUUUCACCUCCGGAGGUCGCGAUGGAUACCAGACGGUGGAUGACGACACCCCGCGUGCACCCUCGAAAGUUAGCUCUGUUCCAGCACCACAGCCUGUCAACCAAUCUGGCGCAUAUCAGUCUGUUUGA